CUGUCCCAGGAGAUUCGGCAGCGCUUGGUUUUUCACAAACCAAAUUUCAUAGCACAAAACCCUCGACCUUAAGCUCAACUCAAAAACGUAGUGUUUAUCGUGUAUUUAUCUUGACAAUUCCUAGGGCAGCGAGCCGGGCGGUUAUACAACCCCCGGGAUGGAGUCCCAGCUGAUCUCGAGGCCGGAUAGCGGGGGUUCAUGCGCCUCCAAUGGGUUUCCAAGCACAGAGUCCUCAAGCGAAGACGUAUCCAUCGAGCAAAUUGCGAACGCCAGGGAAACUCUAGAUGAACUCGAGGAUGCGUACAGGAAGUUCAAAUACGACUUGGAGUCGGUCAAAGGAGAGCAUAGAACAGAGGUUGAUCGAUUGAAAUCGCAAGUAGAGACCCUUCUCCGACAGAAAGCCCAGCUCCAUUCGCAACUGAAGGAGUCCCGAUGUGUCACGAAACGCGUACAGGACGAUUACUCUCGCAUACAGAGAAAACUCUCAGAGAAACAAUGGGAAUUGGAGGCACUAGAGAGAGACUUGAGCACCAGGACGGACAUGGUGCGUAAGCUACGGGACGAGAAGUCAGCUUUGGAGAAGAAGAACGAGGGACUCAUCCGUGAACUUGAAACGAACAAAAGAUUUGUGUCGACUGCUUUGAAUAAUAGUACUGACGAUGAAGAGUUGUCCAGCGUCAGAGAUCAAGUCGUCGAGUGGGAAUCAAGUUACUUGGCUGUACAGAAAGAGAAAGAAGAGCUACAGGAUGAUUUGCUGACUGCGCAGGCGAAGUUUAAUGAAUUGCAGGCGGAGUUGGACAAGGCUCACAGAGAACUCCAGAAGGAAUCCAAGGGAGGUUCACUCAAGAUCUCCAAGUACGAAGCUCAGAUUAACAACGUAACUAAGCAAAAAAACGCAUUGAAACAGCAAGUUGACAAUCUCAGGGAAGACCUCAAGAAAAGCAAGGAGGCGCAGAAUCUCCUCCAAAGAGAAGUACUCGAGAACAGGAAAGACCUCGACUUGUUCCGUGAAGAAUUAUCAGCUAAGAAUCAGCAAUUGGAUAAACUGGAGAAUGUCAAUAAGGCGCUGGAAAACAGAGUGGACGCCCUUAAACAGGAGUAUACCAAGACACAGGUCACAACUGAAGUUAGCACAAAGCAAAAAGAUGCCUUAGAGAGGGAGCUGAGCGAGGCAAAUGGCAAGAACAGAGAGCUUGAAGAAGCUUGUGAGAAUCUUGCAGGCAUUCGAGACGAGUUGGAGAAGGAGUUAGCCGGCUCCAAACUCAAGAUUCAAUCCCUUGAAAAUAGUCUUGAUAAAGCGAAUGAAAAAACAUCAGAGGCGGAACACAACAAUGGAAGACUUCGAAAGACCAUCAGUGAACUGGAGAAUAAUCUGUAUGCGUUACGUAACAAGCACGUGCAGAUGGAGAAUCAGUUCAAUCACACAUUCGACGAGGCGAGCGACCUGCACAGCCAGCUUGAUAACACGGUGGCCGACUGUAUCAAGUACGAGCAUGAGCUAAACAUGCUGAUACAAGAGAAGGAAGAUCUAAGAAACCAGGUGAUACACGCAGAGAAGCGCAUCUCGGACUUGAAGAUAGCUGUUCAAAGUGGAGAGCGCGAUUCUGAGGAUCUUGGGGCUAAACUAGCGGCUUCUAACGCAAGGAAUGCAAAGCUUGAGACACAGCUGAACAACACCGCAAGGCAGAAAAGCUUACUGAAGUCUGAACUGGAUGAAGAAAAGGCAAAGGCGACGAAGCUUAAGAAGGAUAUGCAGGCUGCACAAAACGAGGCUGCAGAGGCGAGAAGAACGUUGGAGAGAUUCAAGAAAGAGUCUGUCUCCAAAGAGAAAACCAUCAUGGAUCUUCGCGCAAAUAUCGAGACCAUGGAAGGCAAGUUUGACCCAUUCUAUGAAGAGGUGAACAAACUACAAACCCGCAUUGAAAUAUUGGAAGACGAGAAACAAGCAUUACACGAGGAAGCUCUUCGAAUACAGCAAAAUUUGAUGGAAGUUGAAUCUGACUGUAAAGUUGCAAUAGAGGAGCGUGAACAAGCUAACAAGGAAAUCCAGUUGUACCAUAAGAAGAACUCUGAGCUCCAAGCCGCGCAUUCCCUCUGCGAUAAAAUCAAGUCUGAUUAUCAACAACAAGUUAUGGCACUUCAGCAAAAAUUUGAUCGCCAGGAAGUUGAGCUGAAGCACACCAUGUCAGAAAAGGCGCUACUGGACGCUAAGCUAAACGAUGGGGGAGAUAGCAGUCGAAAAGGCGUUGAAGAGGUGGAGAUUGUGAAGUCGCAAUUGAUUGAAACUCAGAUGAUGAUGGGCGACUUCAGAAGAGAUACAACCGAGAAAGAUGCGGCCAUUGAGCAUCUCAGGGACGAAGUUAUGGUACUCUCCAAAGACUUAGACGAUGCCAGGUUACAGGCAGCGCAGUCUAAGGGACUCUUGGAGCGGAACGAGUCCGAGAGACGCCGUCUUCAGGACGAGCUAGCAGCACAGGGUGAAGAAAUGACUAGGAUUGCGCACAUGUACGAGACAACGAGAGAGAAGUGCGAGAAGCUGGAAGUUGAUCACAGUGUGGCGGUGAAGAAGGCAGGCGCCAUAGAAAUGAACAUUAAGAAGGAGAUGGAUCUUGCCAUGCGCAGAGAAGUGGAGCACGAGCGUGCAAAAGUCAGUGAACUAGAACAUGAAAUUACCAACCACCGUCGAAAGGUUGCCGAGCUUGAAGCGCUGAACAACGUCGCCAUUAAGGAGAAAGAAGAACUUGAAGUAGAUGUUGAUGGAUUGGAGAGUAAGGUAUCCUCCCUUAAGAUGGAAAUCGAGAGGUUGACGAAUGACAACGCCGAUAAGACACAGAGGAUUUUGUUCCUAGAAGCGAAGCUAGGUGAUUAUGAAGGCGAAGUUGACACAGCAGUGAGGCUGAAAGAAACUGCUGAAGACGAUGUGUAUGGACUCCGCGGGCGCAUAGUUAAGCUAGAAUCCCAGGUAGAGACUGUGCACAAACACAAAAUGCAAGUGACAUCACAGUUAGAAGAAGCCAAUAAGAAACUCGUUAGAUCACGUGAGAGCAUCAUGUCGCUUGAAAGUCAAGUCGUGGAGGGAAGAAAAAUCAACGAGACCCUGAACAAAGGCCUUGAGAAGAAGGAGAAGAUAAUUGACGAUCUGAAUUACCAAAUCAAGAUGCUUCGAAAAAACUUUGACGCAAAUAAUCAAGAACUGAUCUCCUACAAAGUGCGCACUGACGGGCUGGAAGCAGAGAAAAAGGAGAUAGAAAAGCGUUUAGCUGCCGCGCAGGGCAAAAUGGAUGAAGGUGACAAAGAGAUAAAAAGAAUCCGAGAUGGGCGUGGCGUGAUGGAGCAUGAGCUCAGCACUCAAAGCUACAAGCUGAACUCUAUGGAGGCACAACUUGCAAACACUGCAAAAGAGCGAGACCACUUCAAGAAUGAGUACGCGCUGAUACAAGCGGAAAAGCGCAAGACUAAGGAGGAUAUUCUGAAUCUCCAGAACGAUAUCCGUGAGAAGGAUCGCCGAUGCGAAAUGUACCUCAAGGACCUCCGUGAGCGUGAAACUGCCAUAGAGUGGCUGAAAGUUAGCAAGGGUGGCCUUGAACAAGAACUUCUGGCUGUAAAGAAAGAGCUUGAAGCAGAAAAAUGGAAAAGUGAGUCACACCAAGAUCGUAUACAAGAGUUGGAAAGCAUAUUGGAGGAAAAUACUUCACACCUAGUAAGGAUGGAGACUGUUGUAGCUGCCCUUGAGAGAGAUAAGCAAGCGGCUGAGAAAACACCUGACGAAGCUGCCAAAAAGGCUUACGAGAUUGAGACACUGCAUCAGCAAAGUAAAGCCCGCGAGGAGAGGCUGAAGCAGGAGUUACAAGCAAGCAAGAAUAAGAUCGCAAAGAUCGAAGAUGAUCAUAAAAAGAUUCAUCAACAGAAUAUAGAGCGAGAUCACGAGAACAAGAUGCUGAGCAAGCGAGUAGCAGACCUAACGGCACUCAAAGAGAAAUUUGAACACGAGAAGAAAGAAAUGAAGCAGUCUCUACGCGAAGCGCAAGGGCGUGAGUCUGAUCUCGAAGUCAGAUAUGAAUACGAAGUGAAGGAAAAAGUUGCCUUGCAGCAGCAGUUAGAUGAUACCACUAACCGAUCCAACGCGGACCGAGAGAAGUUCCUUAAGCUUGAGCAGCUGUUGAUUGAGGAGCGACUCGCAAUGGACCUGCUGAGGAAGGAGUUAUCCGAGAAAGAGGAUUCUGUUGGUCAGCUUCAGGCCGGAAAAGCUUACCUGGAAGAACAGCUACAGUCCAUGAAAGUUAGCCUCGUCUUGAGCCGCGACGAUUCGGAGAAGAUCAAGCAAGAUCAAAGCCGCUACCAAAACGAAAUCUUAGGAAUAAAGGAGGCGUUAUCAGACGCGGAGACACGAGUACAAAAGACAAGUUACGAAAGGGAUCGCGCACAAGAAGAAAGCCGCAUGCACUUGGCUAAUAUUACCGCUCUUGAGCAACUGGUAGCGGACGUCAAACGUGAAAAGAACGCAGUUAUUGACAGACUUGAAGAUCUUAAAGACGACAACAUGGCAUUACACAAUGAGGGUUCAAUGCAGCAAAAAGAGAUUUUUGAGUUGAAAGCUAUGCUGGACAUCGCGAAGAGAGAUGGAGACCGGAAAGGUUUCCAGAUUGAAGAACUCAAGCAGUCGAAUGCUGCUUUGCUUGGAGAUCUUGAGGGAGCCAAACGGAACUUGAAGCGCAAAGAAGCUGAAAAAGCUAAGGUGAAGAAGAGAGAUAUCGAGGAGGUUAGGAUGUCAGAGCGAGUCUCGGUGCUAGAGAGUAGCGGUGGAACCAUGAACAGCGAAGAGAGUUUCUUCCUCGAGGAGGAUAAUGCAAUUCUCAAGCGUAAAUUAGAUGAGAAAGAAACCGCGUUGAAAGUUACACAAGAUCGGGAAAGAGAGAUGAAUGAUAAGCUAAUGGCGUUAUACGUGAACAUGUCUAAGCUUGAAUCAACACAAGGCACUCUUGAAGAGAAAAAUGCAGAGCUCGAAAAAGAGUUAUACUCCGCACAACAAGAAAUUCAACCUCUCAAGGAUAGUUUCAACACCGCAGUUGCCGAAAACGAGAGCCUUGUCAAGGAGUUGAACGAGGCGAAUAACAAGAACAUCAAGCUUGAGUUGACUCUUGAGAAGAUGCAGAAAUCACAAGCUCAGAAUCAAUACCAAGUGGAGGAUGCCCUGAGUAAGUACUCCAGAAGUGAAGAGGAGCUUAUGCAAACAAGACGCAAGCUUCAGGAGUAUCAAACCCUAUGGGAACAACAUACCAAGGACGCGGGUGGCAAGGAUGGAAUCAUUGAAGGAAUGAGAAACGAGAAGAAGUCACUUGAGCGAGAAAUCCAAGUUCUUCGCGAAGAGCUUGCAGGAACUCAAGGCGCUAUUAAUAACGCGCUUAGAAAGAGAGAUGACAGCCAGAAUGAGCUGUUCGAAAUGAAGCGAAAGAACGCGGAUUAUGAGCUGGCUCUUCAGUCAUCCAACCUUGAGAAUGAAGAGAUGCAGAAGGAUUUGGUUCAACAGCAGAUGAAGAUUACAGAUUUAGAAGAAGGCAUGCAGAGAAUGCUAAGAGAGCAAGUCAAUCUACGAGCAGACAGCGAGGAGAAGAAGAAUGCACUUGGUCGAGCUAAGGAAGACUUUAUCAACCUACAGAAAUCUAACGUAGAUUUAAACGGCACGAAUGAAGUCUUGAGAAACACUUUGAUUGAAAAGGAGAACGAAACAGAGUGGCUCAAGCAGCAGUAUAGUGAGCUUGAAGAUGAAUCGAAAACCUUGAAGGCAAAGAUUCUUGGAUAUAGAGAUGAGUUGGAGCGUGAAGAACAGGCCAUAUCAAAUCUUCAGAACACCAUUGAGGACCGGGACGCACAAAUUAACGAGUUGGAGUAUGUGCUUAAGAACUUUCGGCGGGACAUGAAAAAACUCCAGGGUGAGAUGGUAGCAGUUAACGCUUCAAGUACAGACUUCAAAGACCAACAGCUUGUGUCCAAGAAAGACUUCGAUAAGAUGCAGAUGGACCUGAUAGCUGCCACCCGCAGGACAGCGCAUCUUGAAACGAGGAAUGAAGCACUUCAGCAAGAGAGAGACAAACUUAAAGGCGAGGUCGCAGGGCUGAAGAGGACGAACGGCGAGAUGAAAGCUAAAGUGGAUGCCCUUGAAAGGGAGAAAAAGAAGUUACAAAGUGAUGUGAACGCUGCACAGGCAAAGAUCGCACAGGCUCAGGCAAAACAAAUUGCAGAGCAAGAAAAGGCGAGAUUGAAGCACGACGGCGCCUUGCAGAAAAGGGUACAGGAACUUGAGUCAAGUCUUCAAAAGGCGAAUCACGACCACGAGGGGGCUGAGAACGAGCUGACUCUUGUGCGUACAAGAUUAGUUAAGAUGGAGCAGGACUUUGCUGAUUGUAACCGAGCUAAAGAAUCGCUGGAAUAUGACGUAAAGCUAAAGAACAACCAGGUUUCUGAACUGAAAGACUUGAUUAAUAGCCUAGAGGCAAAAGAUAAGUUUGACAAGGAUGAAAUUAUGACGUGGCAUAAGAAAGUAACAAGCCUGGAAAACAGCCUUCAAGCGGCUAAGAACAAGACAUCACGUGCUGAAGCAUUUAAUUCCGCUUAUCAAAAGAAAAUCCGAGCUCUGAAUGACGAACUUUACGAGGCACAGCAAAAGGCUGAAAAACUACAACAGACCGUGUCAGAGCUUCAACAGACAGCAGACGAACACAGUAAAGAUCUUCACGACACGCGAAAGAAAAUAUCCGAACUCGAAUCAGGUACCCAAGUUGCAUUGCAGAGCAAAUCAGAAGCCGCCCGCGAACUAGCGACGGCUAAGAACAGGUUAGGAAAGUUAGACGAGGAGCUUCAGGAGAAACUGAAAAGAGAAGCGCAGCUACAAGGGCAGAUUGACGAACUUAAAGGGAGAAACGAGUCUCUGAAAGACGAGAUCGCCAAGCUUAAUAGCCGACUACUGAACCAACAGCAAUUUGUAGAGAUAAACAACAAGGAGGCAAACAAAAAGAAAUUCGCUUUGGACCAGCUCGAGAAAGACCGAAAUAACCUAAUGGCAGAAAAUGAAAACUUGAAAGAAGAACUCCUGGAUACCAAGGAAGUGCUGGAGAGGACUCUAGUCAAGCUGGGGGACGCAGAAGCAGACCUUCUUAAGCUGCAAAUGCAGAACAAGGAACUGGAGACUAGCCUUAAUCUAGUCCAGGAAGAAAAUGAUCGAAUUCGACCUGAACUUCAGAUCACGCAGGAGCAAUUGGCUGAGCAAAAAGUGUUGAACGACUCAGUCCAGCCGCAGAUGAUCGUCCCCGUACAGAUGGACCACGUAGAUGCAGCGGUACCUGGGGAUUAUGAGAUUGAAGCCAUCAAAGAAGAGAAAGACAGGUUGACUGGUGAAAUCUCUAGCCUGAGCAGAAAUCUGAUACAGCAGAGAGAUGCAGCAGAGGCACUACAGCAGGAAAAAUCUACUCUUGAGGACCGUAUAGUGGGACUUAGGAAGGAGAAUUCUUUACUAGAAAGCAGUAACAGAGAUCUGAAGGCCGAGCGCAACAGACUGAACACAGAAGUGGAACAGCUGGGCAGGAAAAACGUCGAGCUCGAGGCAAUGCUGGAUGAGGCACAGGAAGAGAAGAUUAGGCUUCAUAAGGCUUCAGAGGCCAAUGAAAAGAGACUUCUCGAGUUGGAAGCUGAGCGUGAACUCUCCUUGGAAGAGAAUUCCGGAAAACGAAAACUCGCGGAUUCUAACGAGGCGAAAAUAGCCAGUCUUGAGACUACCCUACGCAGGACACAAGAACACGAGAACCAGGUAAGACAGGAACUCUAUAACACGCACAAGCGACUAACGGCACUCGAGCAUGAGCAGGCGUCCAAUAAGGAGCGACAAAAAUCACUACAAGACGCCUAUCAAAGCGCAGAAGAGAAGGCCUUAAAACUGAAGGAAGACUACAUGAUCAGUCAGAAGAAGCUGUCCGAAACGGAAGCAAAUCUUGAAAACGCACAACAGAAGAUCGAAGCCCUUCAAAAGGAGUCUGAAAGACUCAAAGAUAAGUUGUCGGAAAUGAGUGUUCCGAACAGUGAAGAUGGACUUGAAGAGCUACACAAUGAAAAUGAGUUUUUGAAGAUCCAAGCAUCUAGACUCGAAGACCAGAAGAAGGCGCUGGAACAAGAGGUACAGACACUGAAGAAGAUCAUUGCAAACGAUCGAGACAAGAAGGAGGAAGAAUCGAAGGACUUCAGCCGGCAUUUCCGGGAAAUGCAGAAUCGCAGUGAGGGAUACCGCCGAGAGAACAUUGAAAAGCAAGCCCAGAUUGAUCAGAUGCGAUCCAAGAAUAACAUGUUAGAAACAGAAAACGCGAACCUGAAGAAACGACUUGAGGAUAAGGACCAGGAUUUGAGAAACAUCACUGCAGAGAACGAUAAAAACAAAGUGGAGAAUUACAAGUUAAAAACUGCGAAGUUCUCCGCGGAGGAUAGUCUGAGGGAGGAGGUUGGCUCCCUGAAGAGCAAGAGUGAUGAUCUAGAGAAAGAAAGGGAAAUGUUACAACGAGAGAAGAAUGCCUUACAAAGAGAGCUACGCAAUGUUCGCGAGAAACUGAUGGAUGUCGAGAACGUUCAUAAGCAGAGCUCAAACGCAUUGGAAAGUGCGACGGGAGAAAUGCAGACCGCGAGAGAUAAGCUUUCUCUUCUGGAGUUUGACUUGCAGAAGGCAAACAAGCAAAAGCAAUCUGUUGGCGAGCAGCUAGAGAAAGCAAACAAAGAACUUCUGAACAAGCAGGAAAAGAUCAUAAGACUUGAGAAGGAGCUCCGUGGAAGCGUAACGGAUAUAGAGUUCAAGAACAAAGCUCUAAUCGAUAAGGACCAAGACAUUACUUCACACAGGCUGAAAAAUGCGGGACUGGAGAAAGAAAUUGAGAACUUAAAAAAAGAACUCUAUGUCACGCGAGAAGCAAAAGAAAGGAAUGACAUUAGGAUUAAAGAUCUUGAGAAAGUCAUCAGGGAAGGUAAAGAGCUGCCCAAGCGAGCACCUAUGUUUGAGGGAAGCCUGGAGGUACGCAGGCGGCAGUCGGACUGGGUGACGCCGCGACUUGACCCUCAAGGACUGUCCAGGUCUGCCUCCGUCCGCGCUACGCGAAGAGAACCCUACUCACCGACCAGAAAUGUGUCUCGCUCCCCAUCCGGAAAUUCCGUAAACGAACAGCCAUCCCCCAGAUCCAAUUCACCGCACAAUGUCUCGCGCUCACCUCACAAGCAGGAACCGUCAUCACCCCGACCCAGCUCUCCACGGUCCAUGUCACCAAGGUCACAGACAUACGUGUAGCUCCUGCACUCUGCACCACCCUAACAGCAGUGUGUUCAACUCACACUCCUCCCCUCUCGUGACAGGCGAUCACACGUGUUCCGACGGGAUAUCGAUGAGUCGGCCGGUAUGGAAGUGCCCCGACAAAAUAUCGAUCUUUAGUGGCGAGACCCUACCAGCAUAGCUUCUUAGUGAUGACAAGCAAUUCACCAGAUAUAAGAAAAACUCAGUUGUUUAGGUUGUUUAGUUGAACUUUAAUAUCGAUCUGUUUUAUCCGAGUGGCGAAGCCCUGCCUGAAACGGCUAUGUUAUAAGGAGGGCCCUCUCAAACAUUAAAGGUUCCUACUACACCCACAUAGGAAUUCUCUCAGAGCUUUCCACCCUUUAAAAUUACCUGGAUAUAGUGUUUGCGGAUACAGUGACGGUUUGUAAUUCCUGAAAUUCGCCGUUACAAGACCCCCCCCCCCCAUUUAUCAUUACUUUAGUAUGGGUGGUAUGAAUUUUUCUGGAACAGCACUGUAUUUUAUACCUUAGAAGUUAUGACAAUCGUAUGUCAUUUUAUUUUAGGGCGAUUUUAUAAAAAAUGUUUGUAUGCAAACAAUCGUAUUAUCAUUAAUAUUGUGAUAAAUUAAAAUUUCUGAUAUUACAAGUGUAUUCCACGGAUCGAGUCAAAGGUUCGCACGUAUAUAUAAGGAAUCAUCUUUAAAAGCCCAAUAUAUAAAUUUUUUUAAAACACGAUUGCUCCUGUUAACAAUAAAUCAACACAUUUAUGCCACUUUGCCAUUGCUUGUACAAUGGAUGAUUGAAAUAAAAGUUUUAACUCUGAUAACCAAAUAAACCUGCUACAAAUAUC